AUGGGUCGGGCUGGGUCUGUUUUUGUAGUUUCGUUUGUUUUUGUUCUUCUUUUCCAUGUUGGAAAGACGGAAAUUACUGAUGUAAGAGAUGCAUUGGUGGAUUUUAUGGAGGAACUUGAUCCUGAAAACCUGCAUGCUACAAAAGGUUGGGGAUGGAAUAAAUCUUCUGAUCCUUGCUUGCCGACUCCUUGGUUCAAGGUCGAGUGUGACAGCACCAACCAAACCGUGAAGCACAUUAUUCUGGACCAGUUAAAUCUAACUGGAAGCGUUGAUUUUGAAUCUGUUUGCAAGGAAACAAAUCUUCUUAAGCUUAGUUUGAAUAACAACAAUCUUUCAGGAAGUUUGACAGGAGAGAUAUCAAAUUGUAAAAAGCUAAGGCAUUUAUACCUAGCUGGGAAUCGCUUUUCAGGUAACCUUCCUGGUUCAUUGAGCGAUUUGACUGAUUUGGUAAGAAUCGACAUAUCCAACAAUGAGUUCAGUGGUGAGUUGCCAAACUUGUCAAAAGAUACAGGUUUGUUAACGUUUUUAGCCCGGAACAAUCACUUUACAGGGCAGCUUCCUAAGUUUAACUAUGAUCAGCUUGAAUUUUUUGAUGUCUCGAAUAACGAUCUGACUGGUAAAGUCCCUGAUCAUACGGGUCGUUUUGAUGCCAAAAGUUUCAUUGGCAACCCUCGGUUAUGUGGGAAAGGGUUGGCAAAAAAAUGUGGAAAGAAAAGCUCACAUGAGUUUCUUAUGUAUUCAGGUUAUGCCAUUCUUAGUUUAAUCGUUAUUGUUUUGAUUGGUCUAUUAUUCCUCAAGAAAAAAGAAAAGCGUGAAGAAACCAAGGGCAUCUCCCCCAUGAAAAAUGGAGUUAAAAGUACUAAUAAUAAAGAUAGUGGUAUUUCAAGUGAUUCCAAAACUGGCGUGAGCAGGUCAGAAUUCUCAUUAACAUCGUGCGAAAAUGGUGGGGUUUCAUCUUCACUCGUUGUUCUUACGAGUCCAGUGGAAGCGGUUAAUGGGCUGAAGUUUGAAGAUCUUCUUAGAGCGCCAGCUGAAUUGAUUGGACGAGGAAAACACGGGAGUCUUUAUAGAGUUAUUCCAAACGGAGGGGUUCCGCUUGUUGUUAAAAGGAUCAAAGAGUGGGAUAUUCCAAGAGAUGAGUUUAAGAAAAGAAUGCAAAGAAUAGACCAAGUCAAACACCCUAAAGUGUUACCUGUGGUUGCAUAUUAUUGUUCUAAACAAGAAAAGCUACUAGUUUAUGAGUUCCAGCCUAAUGGCAGUGUCUUUGAGCUCCUCCAUGGACAAAAUGGUCAAAAUUUUGACUGGGGAAGCAGACUAAACGUCGCAUACAACACUGCAGAAGCACUAGCAUUCAUGCACAAAGAGCUUGAAGGUGAUCAAAUAGCUCAUGGAAACUUAAAGUCAUCAAACAUUUUGCUGACAAAAGACAUGGAGGCUUGCGUGAGUGAAUAUGGUUUAAUGGUGGUAGAUGAUGGCUCACAGAAGAAUAGUGCCUUCAAUGUUGAUGUGUAUGCAUUUGGUGUGCUUCUUCUUGAGUUGCUGACAGGGAAGCAGGUUCAGAGCAACGGGUUUGAUCUGGCUAAGUGGGUUAACUCGGUGGUCAAGGAAGAAUGGACCGGUGAGGUGUUUGACAAGACUUUGGUAGUUGAAGGUGCCAAUGAAGAAAGAAUGGUGGCGUUGUUGAAGAUAGCUUUGACGUGCAUAAACGAUUCACAUGAUUUAAGACCUCGCAUGGAUCAAGUGGCAACAAUGAUUAAUACUUUGAAGGAUGAUGAGGAUAGGUCCAUGGCUGCUUCAGAUCCAUGA